AUGAAUUUCUUUCGAUUCGUUCCACGUUUGAGUCCCACAUUCAUCGCUAGAGGCAUAUCGACUUCCCAAAAUCGUUUUGCAGAUCUCAACCUUACUUUUGCCUGUCCUCGUUCCGUUUUCUAUAAUGCAACUAAUGUUAAGCAGGUAGAUGUUCCCGGUAGCACCAGCGCUUUUGGUAUUCUCCCGGAGCAUGUUCCCACUAUUUCAACUCUCCGUCCAGGUGUAGUUACAGUUUAUGAAGAAAACGGAUCUCUUAAGAAAUUCUUUGUAAGCAGUGGUAUAGUCACGGUGAAUUCUGACUCCAGUGUUCAAGUUCUAGUAGAAGAAUGUUCUCCUCUGGAAAGCAUUGACCCUCAACUUGUUCGUGAUAAUUUAGCUAAAGCCCAAUCCCAACUUUCGUCCGCUUCUGAUGAGCAAAAGAAAGUUGAAGCCCAAAUUAUGGUCGAAGCUUAUGAAAGCAUGCUUAAUGCUUUGUAA